CCCGGGCGCUAGCGGGCUGGGUGGCUGAGACCGUUAGCUCGCCAGGCUGGCAGGCUGCGGGCCGCCUCUCUGCCGGCGGCCGGGAUGGAGACGAUGCGAGCGCAGCGGCUGCAGCCAGGAGUGGGCACCGGCGGGAGGGCCACUCUGCGAGCGUUGCGGCCCGGAGUGACGGGGGCCGCGGCUCCCGCCGCCACACCCCCGGCGGGCCACCCGCCGGCCCCGCCGCCUCCCGCACCUCCCCCGGCGCCCCUGCUCCUGUCGGGGGCCCCCGGGCUGCCGCUGCCGCCGGGCGCCGCGGGCAGCCCCGCGGUGCUGCGGGAGGCAGUGGAGGCCGUAGUGAGGAGCUUCGCCAAGCACACGCAGGGCUACGGCCGAGUGAACGUGGUGGAGGCCCUUCAGGAAUUCUGGCAGAUGAAGCAGUCCCGGGGGGCCGACCUGAAGAACGGAGCUCUGGUGGUCUAUGAGAUGGUCCCCUCCAGCAGCCCUCCCUAUGUCUGCUAUGUCACCCUGCCUGGGGGCAGCUGCUUCGGGAGUUUCCAGUUUUGCCCAACAAAAGCUGAAGCCCGAAGGAGUGCUGCGAAGAUCGCCCUCAUGAACUCUGUGUUUAAUGAACACCCUUCCCGAAGAAUUACUGAUGAAUUCAUUGAGAAGAGUGUCUCUGAGGCGCUGGCAUCUUUCAAUGGCAACAGGGAGGAAGCAGACAACCCCAACACAGGGAUUGGUGCCUUCCGGUUCAUGUUGGAAUCCAACAAGGGCAAGUCAAUGCUGGAGUUCCAGGAGCUCAUGACCGUUUUCCAGCUGCUGCAUUGGAAUGGCAGCCUCAAGGCCAUGCGGGAAAGGCAGUGCUCUCGGCAGGAAGUGUUGGCCCACUAUUCCCACCGGGCCUUGGAUGAUGACAUUCGCCACCAAAUGGCACUGGACUGGGUGAGCCGGGAGCAGAGUGUUCCUGGGGCACUGUCGAGAGAGCUAGCUGCCACAGAGCAGGAACUGGACGAAGCCCGGCUGGCGGGCAAGGAGCUGCGUUUCCACAAGGAGAAGAAAGACAUCCUCACGCUGGCUGCAGGGCAGCUGGGCAGCGUGCAUCCUCCCAACUGCUAGGCCUCCACCCCUGCCCCAGACCUUUCGAUAGGUCCUUUCUAAGAUUUAGUGUGAUUUCUGUACAGAUGGUCCCAAUUUUAUACUUUAAGAUAUAGAGCUCUAUAUGUGUGUAUAAACCCCACCCCUGGAUUCCUGUUUGCCGAGAGAUCCCUUUUCUUAUUUCUAGUCUUUGGAUGGAGCUUCCUUUAAAACAGCUCCACUUCACUUUAUAAGAUUGACAGCCCAUCUUUGGAGCUUAGCUGCCUUUUAGCUAACAGCCCGGCUUCUGGGUUGUCAUUAUAGUAGCAGGAAAUGACUGACCAGGCAUUCAUGCCGCCUUCCACAAUAACAUGGUGCUUGUAUAAGAACUCUCUGUCCCCCUCUGUGACCCCUCCCCCCAAUCCUGUUUUGUCUGGGACUCAAACAAACCAAGUUGUUCCUCAGAUAUUUCCUUGCUAACACUACCCCCUCUUCACCAUCACCUUACUCUGCCUUCAAAUGGUAUUUUACUUUGAGGUUUCUGUACCUUAAUCCUUAGAAAACGUUUCUGAUUUUCUUAUUUUUUUUUUAAAUAGUUAUUCCUGGGAAACUUCUCCAGAACAAAAGAUGAGUUACAGACAUAGUUCAGAGGAGCUUAUCCGCUAAAGUGCUUCUGUAGCUACCUGAUAGGGAGUCCAGAUUUCCAGAUAUGCGCUCUAGUGCAGAAGGGGUCGGGGUAGAAG